GGGUAAACUGGCCUGAAAGUUUGAAGGGCGCACGCGCACACCCACUCCUUCCUUUUGCCUCGUUGCACUCCUGAAAGCAAGAUGGGGCACCAGCAGCUCUACUGGAGCCACCCGCGAAAAUUCGGCCAGGGUUCUCGUUCUUGCCGCGUCUGUUCAAACCGGCACGGUCUGAUCCGGAAAUACGGCCUCAAUAUGUGCCGCCAGUGCUUCCGCCAGUACGCGAAGGACAUCGGGUUCAUCAAGUUGGACUAAGUAUUCUUCCUUGAAUGGAUUAUCCAGGGGGACGCAAUGAAAGAAACCAUGCUAUGCUAACUUACACAUAUGGCCAAUUCAUGUACAUAAAAUAAAGUUGAAAAAAAAACCUUC